UUCAUGUCUCGCCCCUUGGUAUUUUGCAUCGAGAAAUACGCAACGAAUAUUUUCAUAGAUGUUAAGGGAAUCAACUUGUGUUUUUCGUGAUAAGUGCUUAUUUUAGUGAUGUGUGUGGAAAAUGUUUUGCGGAUUGCGUUUUUGAUUAGUGUUGCUGUCGGAAAAGUUAGAAAUGGAGGUAUGGAGCAAACGACGGAAAAAGAAACGCGGCCAGAAUACAUCCACCCAGAUGGUCUGCUAAACUUCGACCCAUACCUAUCCGACUUCAAGCAUGUAGUCGAAGAAGAAGACUACAUCCCUUUGCCAGAAAACGACGAGACUAUAGACGGUCUCCCGAUAUUCCUAGUAGAACCAAAGAAUUCCUAUGUGCUGCGAACUAAACCAGCUACCUUGUUAUGCAGAGCCGCUAAUGCUUUGCAAGUUUUUUUUAAGUGUAAUGAUGUUAGGAGUGAUAAGACUGUGCAGUUGGAUCAUGUGGAUCCUCAGAACGGUGUAAGAGUGGUUGAAGCAGAACUGAAUGUGACUAGGAAUGAGUUGGAUGAGUACUUCGGUGGGAAGUAUAGCUGUGAUUGCUAUGCGUGGAAUAGCAAAGGCAAGAUCCGGAGUCAGGGAGUCUUUAUUGAAUAUGCUUAUAUAAAGAAGCAAUUCGUCCAGCAGCCCCAGUCAGCGACAGUGGAAGCUGGGAGACAAGUGACGUUCCACUGCAGCCCGCCGCCCGCCGCACCACCCGCUACCAUCAAGUGGGUCCGCAAUGGAGUCACCAUCGAAGCCACCGACGAAACUCUCGUGCUGCCCAGAGUUGGCUUACAGGAUAUGGCGAAUUAUACAUGCAUGGCUGAAAACAUCGCCGGGCGGCGGGAGUCCGACACUGCCGUGUUGUCAGUUUAUGUAAACGGUGGCUGGUCGGAAUGGUCACCCUGGCUCCCCUGCCGAUGUGGAGCGCAGAGCAGCGGCAGACGAAGAACUAGGACAUGCACUGAGCCGGCACCAGCCAAUGGCGGCGUGCCGUGCCGAGGACAGGCUUCGCAGAGUGAUGAAGACUGUCUUACCUGUCAGAAUGGUUCGUGGUCGCCCUGGAACGCCUGGUCGUCCUGCAGCGAGGAGUGCGUGAGGGUGCGUCGAAGACAAUGCAUCGGCACUUGUGCUGGGUCCACGCUGCAGCACGCUGCUUGUGUCGAUGGACUAUGUUCUGCUGGACUUAGGAUCUACAAGAACAACUUAACACUGUACGUGGGUAUCGGCAUCACGGUGGCCAUGCUGGCGGCCGGCGCGGCCAUCCUCUACGUGUGGUGCAAGUACCGAAGCGUCCGGCCGGGGUACACUGCUGCCAGGACAGGUAUUCCAAAGACGUAUUCCGGACGAGACAAGGGUAAUGCCGCCCCAGAUCUUACGAGGACCUGUAAUGAGUACUGGAUGAGGCCUGACAAUCAUUAUGACAUGCCGCAGUUGAGAGACAGCUACGCGUCUCCGUUCGGCAACAGGAGCAGACAGCAGUCCUCCGCCGGCAGCAACCACUACGAGAUGAAGCCCUACAGUCCGUCCGGGGACUCGGCUUCAAGUUGCUACACUAAUUCUCGAACCAUGACGUCACGGUCUAGCGAGUGUUCGUCUUCACAACUGGCGGAACUAGUGACGUCAUCACCCAACUCCCAUUCGAAGGUCGACGUGGCGGUGACCCUGCCUCCUGGACCUAUGGAGAACAGCUAUCGAGACAAAAUCUGCUUAACCAUAGUCAAAUAGAACUUACAGAGCAAAACAAUGGGUCUAUUAAAAUUUUUGUGUGAAAAAGUUGGGGCUUUCUGCAUUUAGAGCGCGCGCGCACGAGCAAUUUCUGUCAUUGCCAGUUGCUUUAAGCAAAAUAAGCCGAUGGUAUAAUCCUUAAAAAGUUUUGUUGUUAAGUUCAUAACUACUGUUUUUUAGUUUUACAUUUUUGUAAUGUAGAAACUUUUUAGAGUAGGUCUAUUAUUAUUAAUAAUUUAUUUCAUUUUUUGGGCUUGACUUUGUGUUUUAUAGUUUUUUUAGGUACUUAUAGUUCUUAAGUUAAUAAAUGGUUAAUUUGAAAAUCGGUUAAAGUUGUUAAAUUGUUCUAAUCUUUGGAAAACAUUGUGUCAAAAUUAUUACUUGUCACAUAAACUACGAAGUAGUGUAGCAACAAGAUAUUGCAUUAAAAUCAAUAUCCAAGUUCUAUGCUAAACUAGCUAGUAAAGGUGUUCAGUAGCAAUAAAAAUUGCAUUCAGCUAUCAUUGUCAUAUCGAUGUCAAUUUCUGUAAAUUGUAUCAAUUAAAACUGGCAGAAGUUGACUUGUUGCCAUUGUUUACACAUUGGCAAGAGAUGUCCAAGUAACUUGCCAAAGCAGGCUGGUGCAAGUUUUAUUGCUAUUGUACACUUGGCUUAUUAUUAUUGUAUAAACAGUUCUGUGACAGUUUGAUGACGUGAUUUGUCGCGGGAUUAUCAUGCGCUAUCCCAUUUUGGCUACCCCAUCCAUUUACGGACUUGGGUCAACAUUGCUUGCUAAUGGGUCAAUCUCUUUGGGACACCAGUGGCAACCACUCACGCUACCAAAAAAAUGUAUACAGCUCACCAGCUGAAGUCCGCUUUGUUGUACAACCAAAGGGCACUAACUCAUUAGGGCACCAGUAACCAGUGAUGACGCAACCAGUCGCGCUACCAACAAAAUGUACAUACAGGAGAACCUGGACACCAGGUUACGCCACCACUGGUUUCCUAAUGAGAUAGUGCCAUAACAUGUUGAUUAAAAUAUGUAUUCCUUAAUUUGCUGAAGACUGAAUGUAAUCCAACGAGCUACGUAGAGCCAAUUCAAAUUGCAUUUAAAUUUAAAAAAAUGUAAUGCCAAUUAAACUUUUUUAAUUUUAAGUGUAGUGUUGUAUACAGACUGUAAAUAUUGUAUUUAAAACUGUGAUAUUUUAUGAAAUAUAAAUGAAUCUUGUACAAAUUA